AUGGCGGCUGCGGUGUCAGAAAAAGUUCUUCCUCCUGAUAAUUCUCAGGAGAUACUGACUCAGCUGAAGAAAUUUGUAAAUGCCUCAAGCUACAAGGGAAAAAUCAGUCGUGAAGAAUUAUGUUGCUGUGCGCUAUACCUGCUACAGAAUCUUCCCUCGGCACACCAUGCUGUCCUGGAAUAUCUCUGCGACCUUUUUGAUGAAGCAGUCAAUGCCCAUAUCCUGGAAAUCGAGUUGGGGAGUAAUGUGACUGGAACAAUGGACAAAAGUCGGGAGCAACUUGAGAACAUUAUCCAAGAUGUCAGCAGUGUCUUGUUGGGAUUUAUCAUGUCAAAUUCUGAAGCCUGGUCACCAAUCAUUUCUGCUUGGUCCAUUGAGUUGCUUGGCCACAUCAGCAGCAAGUAUUCUGACCGUCAAGGUGUGCCUCAUUCCUCGAGUUUGAACAAACUUCUCCAGCUAUGGAUGACGUGUCAACCGACUAAAAUACUGAUGGAAAUUGCGACAGAGUGCUUUGCUUCAAUGAUUGGUACAUCACCAGAUGUAUGCAUCAAUGCCCUCUUGGAAGCCUCUGUUAAACAUUCACCACACUUUGACUGGGUGGUUGCUCAUAUUGGCUCAUGUUUCCCAACGACCAUCAUCACGAGAGUCUUGAUGUGUGGCCUAAAGGACUUCUGCCACCAUGGCAGUGCCCAGACCGACCAUCACACCAGCUCGGAAAGCAUUCCCAAGAUUACAUCUGUUGUGGGAAUCCUGGGCCAUCUGGCAUCACAGCAUGGUCAGGAUAUCAAGAAGGCUUUGUUGAAUUUAUUCCAAGAGAGUCUACACAAUGAGGACAACCCCAUGUAUACCUCAGCCGUCCCAUACCUCCUUUACCUGGCUUCAAUGUCAAACAUGCUCCUGAAGGUCAUCACAAAUGAAUUUGUUCAGAUAUUGACACCGCCAGUCCUAAAUGGCCUUGCGGAUAAGUUUUCACGGCUCUCUGCUCCAGUUCUCCAAGACAAGCAGGGCCUGCUGGACCUGAGUGUACAUCUGGUGAUGAAGACAGACAUCGGUGCUGCCAACAUGCUCAACUUCCUUUUGGAUAUUGCAGACCCACCCUCUGAUAAGAAGUCUCAGAUAUCCCCAGUGGUACAGCAGACAUGUAAAUAUAUUUUGGACAAACUGUUGGCCCUGCUCCACAAGACAACCCACAGUAGAAGAAUUGAGACAGAACCCGACAUCCCACUUUUAGCCGCUCUGGAACCUAACACGAUUCAUCUCUGUGACCAGCUCAUCAACGGAAAGCAGGUCCGCACCCGCUGGAUCUCCAGUCUCCUGGUCUGCAUCUCUGCUUACUGUGGGGAGAACUGUGCUGCUAGGAUAUUGAAACACAUAUUCUGUAAUGCGCAGAGUUAUAGACAGCUGAGAUCCUUCAUGCAGCUACAGAAAGAGAUCGAGAUCCAGCUUCCCCACAUUGUUUUGACCACAAUCAAUCAGACCAUGGAGGCCCUGAACUCACAGAGUAUCGAGGCCAACAGACUGAUGGAGAACUUGUUGAAUAUAGUUCAGUGGGAGAACUCACAUCACAAGACCAUGGGGAGCAGUAUCUCAAGAGUUCUACAAAAUCACAUGGUUACCUUGGCAAGACAGCUUUCCCAUGGCAACUUCAAGGUUACCAUGACAACCAUUCAGAUCAUGAAUCUGAUUGGCUUCUCAACUCAGUCAUAUGACAUGGGCAUGGUACUCCAGCUCUGUGGCAGUGUGGUCAUGUACUUCUAUCGCUGUUUGACAUGCACAGAGCCUCGUCUGAAGAUGAAGUCCAUCCAUGUUUGUUCCCAGUACUUACAGAAACUGAGCCAGCUGCCGUCUGCCACGAGUAUUGUUUUACGAUUUCUCAUGGAAGGUGCAUUGAUGCAGGAAAAUGCAAAUCUGUUAGGGUCAAAGGUCAACAUGAGCAAGCAGACGUUGACCCAGAAAGACAAGGAUUCCUUGCUUGAGGAGAACAUCAAGCAGGCUUCAUCUGUCAACCUGCCACAGUCCCAUAUGACUGUUUUCCAUGCUGGAGUAAUAGGGGAUGGGCUAAGGCUUCCGCCAAAAACAAACUUGAUACCCUUGGACCAGCAAAUAUUUAACAAACAGUGCUUAAUAGAAGCCCUUCUCCUGUGUGGUUGUCUGGAGCCCGGGAUGCCAGAACACCCAUUAGACAGCCACCACGACAUGGAAGUCGACCACCAUCACGAUCAGCAGCCCCACACCGAGAAUUCUAAGAAGAUGCUGUCGAGUACAGCAUCGCAUACCCUUGCCCAGAUCCUCGUGCAUGUAGCCAUGCCAGAUACCUUGUAUAACGAUAUACCGUGGCCUGAUGAGGAUUUUAUGAGGGUGACAGUUCAAAGAGAUCUUUCAAUCAAAAAGACGUUUGAUGACAAUCCGAUCCUCUGGGAUGUGAUGGAGCUGGUGGCGUCUGCUAACGUUGGCUUUAUGUUCUGUUCUUGCAUCCUCCGUGGGAUCAUCGCACCGUUGUUGAUGUUUUGGGAGAGCAGCCGUGAGGUCUCAACAAGAAACAGCCCAAAGGAGCUUGAGGCAUCGUGUCGAUUAUUGGAGUGCAUGAAAAGGGGGAACUUGUUACCAGAACCGCUAUGCUACGUCGGCGAGAUCUUCUCCGUUGUGACGCCAUACCAGUUGCAUCUGAUUCUGCUGGGAGUCUGGCGCUACAUUAUGGAAAACAGACAGAUAUUUGACCCAGAGAUAAAUAAAGCUGUUAUGGCUGAAAGGUGCGAUGGAAAAUAUCUUGGUGUAAUUCAGGCGGUUCUCCACAACAACAUUGACAAGAUGGGUGAUUUGUAUACAAGAUUCUUCCCGCGUGGUGCUCGGAUAGAAAGCACUGGUUCAUAGACUUUAGACUAGAUCUGCUGCUUCAAAAUGCUCAGCACUGCCAAAACAUGAGGUCUCAGAUAGAGGUACAUAUGUGAAGGUGUAUAAUAAUCUGCAUCGCAAAAGUAAUGAGUCAUUAGAAUUUGAACUUGAAGGAAAUUCUCGUCUCCAAUAAACAUUCUCUGGAAGGUUUAUAGCCUGGAGAAAAAUAUGUUUUUCACUAAAAAGAGGAUACUUGUUCUCGCUUGAAUGUAUU